CAAAAAUUGAAUCUUUUGUAUAAAGAAAACAUGGUUCACUCUUCUUCUCAUAUAUUAUUCACUCUUUUCCAAUUAAUUGUAAUUCAAAACCAUUUAGCUGAUCCUACUGAUGGUUUCACUCCCAUACCUAUUAGCCAAAGCAAUUUCGAAAUUCAAAAGCCUUAUGAUGUUCCUGUGAAUCAAAGGUAUUCCUUCAUUGAUGGAGUACACAAAUUUUGGGUUUUCAAGACCGACAAGCCUCAUACCACAUCUAGCCAAACAAAACCCCGUUCUGAAAUUCGUAUAAAGGGUAAUGAUUAUUCAUCAGGUGUACGACAAUUUGAGGGAUAUUUCUAUGUGCCAAGUGGUUCAUCAGGUGUGUCAAUAAUGCAAGUAUUUGGAGCCUCACCAUCAUCCACAACUUUAAUGUUAAGAGUUUAUGAUGGAACACUCUAUUACUAUAGAGAAAAAGUGAUUGAAUCAAAUAUUUAUAAUAGAUGGAUUAGAUUAAAUGUGAUUCAUGAUGUUGGUGCAAGUAAAUUAAAAGUUUAUAUUAAUGGAAUUCUCAAGCACGAACCAUUAGGAAGAGGCGGAGAUCAUCAUUAUUUCAAAUUUGGAGUUUAUACGCAAGAUGAUGAGUCUAAUCGAAUGGAGUCUCGUUGGAGAGGAAUUAAACUUUUCAAGAAAUAAAACAUUAAUCACUUGAUUAAGAAAUAUAAUGUAUUAUGACAAAUAAAUCAUCCUCUUAGAUUUAUGAUAAUGAGGUUGAGUUUGAAUAAGAUUUUAUUAUAAAAAUAAAUGAGAAAGUAAGUAUGAUUUAUUGAAAUAUC